UCAGGAAAUACAUUGACUUUAGUAAGACGUCCCACCUCUAGUUUGUCCACGGUUAGCGGUGACCACGGCGUUCAACGGCCGCCGGUUCAAAACAUCCCCACCGGCGAGCUCCUGUCCGUCAAUGGAGAACUCAACCUCCGAUAUGCUGGGUCCGACCACAGUUGCUGGAAAAGAAGAGUCCAGCCACACAGACCACAUUGCUUUCAUCCUGGUGCCCGUUUGCUUCCUUCUGGGCCUGUUGGGUGUGGUGAUCUGCCACGUGUUGAAGAGGAAGGGCUAUCGGUGCACCACCGAGGCCCAUGAUGAUGAGGAGGAAGAAAAGGAUCUUGAGCUGGGCGGAGACAUGAAUGACACCCUCAGUGAAAACAAUGACACCGUUGGGCAGAUUGUCCACUACAUCAUGAGAAAUGAAGCAAACUCUGAAGCCCUGAAAGCCAUGGUUCAUGACAACAGCAUUGACUCUGAAGGACCUCCACUCACCCCCACCUCUCCACUCACCCCCACCUCUCCUGGCUCCCCUCCGCUGACUCCCAUAUCACCGGGUGCACCCCCAGGAGCUGCCAAGCACACCUGCAACCACCUGCACACCAUCGGUGGCUUCGGCGGGCACAAGAACAUCUGCAACCGCUGCAGCCAGAAGAAAUGGCCGCUUAUGAGGAGGCUGUCUGCCCGCAAGGCGGAGCAGCGCCGCAGCCAACUCGGAGAGGUCACGGUCCUGGCUGUGGGCAGGUUCAGGGUGACGAAGUGUGAAAGGCCGACCAGCAAUAGGCGGACGCUGCUAAUAACGGACUCCAAUGGGAGCGCUCCUGCGUCUCCUACGGCGACGGAGCCCAGGAGCCGGACGACGUCUGAGUCCCAGCAGGAACAGACGGAGGACGACUUGGACAAAGAGAAGCGAUAGCGAUGUCGAGGAUCCAGAGGAUCCAGAGGAGAGAAGAGAACAUCUGGACCAAACGGGAGCAAUAAAACAUCAGCGCUGGAGGAGCGAAGUAGUCCGGGGAGCCGUCCCUCCACAUUCCUGGUCCGCGGGGAGCCAAACGUGCCGCUGAACAUGAGGACGACCGGUGGCGAGAGUGACAUCUAGUCACACCAGCCAGUUAUUUUACAAGCAGUAACGGGGAAUGUGUGAUGCACUCCAUUUCCUCUUAAAAUAGAUAUACAAUAGUGCCUUACUCGUGGUGUUUAGGCACGGCGGCUGCUUCAUGUCCAGGUAGCCUGAAGCGGGUGCUUUCCCAAUGGACUGUGUGCGGUCUUGUUACUCAAUAUGCCGAUGAUGUGUGUACAUAUGUUUUUGUAUGUGGAGGUAAACCAUAAUUAUUGCACGUCAUCAGUCAAGGGAAUUGUUCGAACUACACCCCACAGACGCAUACACGCAGUCUGAGAUUAAAUUGUAGGUUUUCGUUCCCAAACUGGAAGGCGAAACUAACUCGUAAUAGCAGUCACAUAACCAGGAAUUAGAUCGUAGCGUUCUCAUAUGUGAAAACACUAAAACGACAGUGACCUCCUAAAUAAAGAGAGUGCAGUGUUCUGGGACGAACAACACAUUAGUUCUCAUAUUAAACCAUGGCUUUGUCUUAAAGCGACACCUCAAACCUGCAUCCUAAGACAGGUCAGCGUGCUCCACCCUUCAAGGUCACGUAGCACAGUUUCUAUUUGUGAAUUACCAUGUCUCUGAAACCGUAUUUCUUUAUUUAUUUUUAUUUUAUCGGCUCAUAAAGUUGUUUUCGGCUAACGUGCAACAUUUAGCUUUCACGUCCUCCUGGUGAAGUUUUAGCUUUGUUUUGGUCUCUGCUUUACUAGUCAGAGAAUGUCUUAUGAAAAGAUGAACUAUGGGAAAUGUAGGCUUAAAAAAAAAAGAAAGUUUAAUGCCAUUAUAUCUGAAGCCUUUAAAUUUUAAUCACCCUUUAUUUUGUAUCUGUCUAAUGUUGUCCUUUUAUGGAAGUGCGAUACUAAAUGGCUGGAGUUUCCAGUUUUUAAAGACCCUCAUGAGCUAAUCAUCCAAAUACAUGAUUUCCCCAGAUCUCGAUCAAAACAUAUCAUUUUAGCCAUGUUAUCUUCCAACUCGAUAUAUGUUAAAUGUCAUUUCGUUGUGCCUAAUUUCUUUAAAAAAAUAUAUAUAAAUACAUGUAAUUCAUAUUUUGGGACAGUGUGCUAUGUUUUUAUCAUUGUAUAAUAAAAGAACUAAAGGUGACUAACCUGUCAA